AUCGUUUGUUUGGUAAAACAAUUUCCGUCAGUCUGUCCGUCCACACAGAGGGAGAGGGAAAAGAAAAAACGACGAUUUCCGUCCAACCUCGACCCAGAUAAACCGCAUCACCGACACUGAAACGAUUAACCCCACGAAGGCAGUCUCGAUUGUAAAUGCUUCCCGGGGGUUUACUUCACCAUUUGAUAUUAUUAAUCUUUUGUUCUCCACUAAUCUCACGCGUUGGUUUUCUUGAUUCUACGCUGACGCCAUUGAAGACGAUCCCCGAAGUUGUUCUAUGUUAGAUCUCACUUGAAAACCCUAGAAUUCACGCAUAGAGGUUGUGCCGAUCUGAUCAGAAACAUUGGGCGUGGCUAAAGUGAUGGAUUAUGACGUGUUGAUCUUCCUUUAAAAUCUUGGCCGGGAAGCAUGAAUAUUGUGAAAGGUGUUGCCGACCUUAUUCGAAGGACUUCUGGUGGUCAAACUGGAGAGUCUACUUCAGGGUCGCAACCCCAGAGGUUCUCUCCUCCUGGUCCAAAAAUUUGCUUCAGUGAAGUUGGGAAUGAGGCAGUUCUUAAUACACUCUGGGAGAGAUAUGAGAAAGCCAUUGAUAAGGUGGAAAAGAGAAGAAUGUUUCAUGUUUUCCUCAAGCAAUUUCUGGUUGUAUACAAGAAUUGGGAACCGGUUGAUUAUGGCCAGUUGUCAGAGGUUGCUUCAACUCUCAUCGAACCUGAAGAGUUUAUGCCCUAUUCAGAUGACGUUGUUUUUGGCUGCUCUGCUGGCCAUCCUGCUGAAGUAAUUUCAAUAUUGACUGAAGAGAUCACAGUAUUAACUUCUCUAAUUACUGAGUUGAACACCAGCAUGAUGCGAUCAACAAUAGGCUUAUCUGGGGCUUCCACAAGCUUGAAUAUUUCUUCUGAAGGAUUGCCUGUCUUGGAUGCUCUGACAAUCGUUACCCGUUCACUGCAUAAUUGCAGAGUUUUUGGAUACUAUGGUGGCAUUCAAAAGCUUACAGCCUUGAUGAAAGGUGCUGUUGUCCAACUUAGAACAAUAACCAGUGCAGUUUCUGCUGAUGAAAGUUUAUCUAACUUUGCUGUAGAGAAGACUGGACUCCUUCAACAAAUUCUUGGAUAUGUGGUGUCAAUAGUAUGCGGUUUCAUUGAUUUAGAUUCAAAUGUAUAUGAGAAGGUUCAGCUGUAUAGAAACAGUGUACAGUUCGUUCCAAGUGGUGGUACAUCCGCACUCAACUCUUCUGGUAAUUCGAAGGUCCCCUAUGAAACAAGGCUACAUUGGCAUCAGAGGGCUGUUGUUUCUGUGAUGGAAGCUGGUGGCCUUAAUUGGUUAGUAGAGCUGUUGCGUGUCAUCAGAAGGUUGAGCAUGAAAGAACAGCAGACAGAUAUGUCUCUUCACUAUUUGACUCUGAGAGUUCUUUGUUCAGCACUAUCUGAGAAUCCACGGGGUCAAAAUCAUUUCAAAAGCAUAGGAGGACUUGAAGUUCUACUAGAUGGUCUUGGAGUUCCAUCAAUUAAAGCGCUAACAUCUAAAAACUCUUUUUAUGCUGAUGAAAAAAGAGACGGAAACCCCUUGCUAGAAAUUUUCCAGCUACACGUUCUUUCUCUGGAAGUUCUAAGAGAGGCAGUCUUUGGGAAUUUGAACAAUAUGCAGUUUCUGUGUGAAAAUGGAAGAGUGCAAAAAUUUGCGAAUAGCUUCUGUUCACCUGCUUUCAUGCUUCAAGAGUACACACAACAGAGCAAAGAUUUGUCUGGGCAGCAUAGGAAUCAAAUAUCUCUUAUUGAUCUUACCAAUGAAAAUCCUAUGAAAACCAGUACAUCAGAGCAUUUUGUUCCCCUUCUUACCAGUGCUUAUUCUCAGCUUUGGAAUGAGUAUAUCGGUAAGCUGGUUGGAAUACUUUGUUCUUUCCUUUUUGCUCCAGAAGAUUCAAGAUCUCGUAAUGUCGAAGUGUCUUCUGGUCAAGUUGCCACACCAGUUUCUCCAGUGUAUGGUGAACUUUCAAUUAAAUGGGUUAUGAGGGUUCUUCUCACAGUGUUCCCUUGUGUCAAGGCUUGUUCAGAUCAGAAUGAGUUGCCAAACCAUUUAAGGGUCUUUCUCAAUACACUGCAGCGCUAUGUACUAAAUACAUUUAGGAAGGUUCUUGUUUCAUCACCUGUAUUGCUGGAAGUAUUUCGGGAAGAGGGAAUAUGGAAUCUUGUCUUCUCGGAGAAUUUUUUCUAUUUUGGACCAUCUUCAGAGGAGUUUUCUGGAGAGUAUUACACUAACCAUGAUGGGUCUCCUAGGAAACCAGAAAUAUUUGCUACUACCAGUAGCACUGAUGGUCAAGUGAAAUCUAGUGGGGUUGAAACUCUACAAAUGGAAGUAAUUUCAUUCCUGGAAUUUGCUGCAACUUCUAAUGGCAGUGCACAUAAUUUGCCUGAAUCGUCUGCUUUGUUAGAUGCCCUCGAACAAUCUGCAUAUAAUCCUGAGAUCGCAAGUGUUCUUGCUAAGAGUCUACGUUGCAUAUUACAGCUUUCAGCUGAGAAAACUGUUGCUUCCUUUAAGACACUUAAUGCAGUUCCUCGGGUGCUUAAAGUUGCUUGCAUUCAAGCUGAAGAAGCUAGACGGUCUGGAAAUAGUAAUUAUGUAGAAGCAGUUCAAACUAUAUAUCAUCAGAGAUCCAAUUCACAUGAGAUAUCCCUAAGUUUGAUUAAGUGCCUGAAAACAUCGAUGGAGCUCUUCACAGAAUUUCUUUCAAUAGCAGAUGAUGCAAGAAUUUUUGUUUUGCACAGUUCUGCAUGUAUUGAUUGUUUGUUUGAUUUAUUCUGGGAAGAAGGUUUGAGAAGCCUUGUGCUUGAACAUAUACUUGGGCUCAUGAAGAUUGUUCCUAUCAAUGAAGAAGAUCAAAAAGCAAAGUUGCAGUUAUGUUCCAAAUAUCUAGAAACAUUUACUCAAAUAAAGGAACAUGAAAAGAAAUUUGCAGAAAUUUCUAUUGAUCUAUUAGUUGGAAUUAGAGAUCUGCUCCUGACUGAUCCAGUGUACUAUCAGGCCUUAUUCCGUGAUGGAGAGUGCUUUUUGCAUGUAGUCUCUUUACUGAAUGGUAACCUUGAUGAGGCAGAUGGAGAAGAGUUGGUUUUGAAUGUCCUUCAAACGCUGACUUGUCUGCUUGCAAGUAACGAUGCCUCAAAGGAUGCAUUUAGAGCUCUUGCUGGAAAGGGUUACCAGACAUUACAAAGUUUGCUGUUAGACUUCUGCCAAUGGCAUCCAAGUGAAGGGCUUUUGAAUGCGCUUCUUGAUAUGCUUGUUGAUGGAAAGUUUGAGAUGAAAUCAAGCCCGAUAAUCAAGAAUGAAGAUGUCAUCAUACUUUUUCUAUGUGUGCUACAGAAGAGCAGUGAGUUGUUGCAGCAUCAUGGACUGGAUGUGUUCCAACAGCUGCUCAGGGAUUCCCUUUCUAAUCGAGCGGCAUGUGUCAGAGCUGGAAUGCUAAACUUUCUUCUUGAUUGGUUUUCUCAAGAAGAUAAUGAUAGUAUUAUCUUGAAAAUUGCCCACUUAGUCCGGGUCAUUGGUGGACAUAGCAUAUCUGGGCGGGAUAUUCGUAAAAUCUUUGCCCUGCUGCGAAGAGAGAAAGUUGGGAGUCAGCAACAGAACAGCUCGCUACUGUUGACCACCGUUUUGUCAAUGUUAAAUGAAAAGGGACCAACUGCCUUUUUUGAUCUCAAUGGGAAUAAUUCUGGGAUCAUAAUUGAAACGCCUGUGCAGUGGCCACUCAAUAAGGGUUUUUCUUUUUCAUGUUGGCUUAGGGUAGAGAACUUCCCAAGGAGUGGAACAAUGGGUCUUUUCAGUUUUCUCACAGAAAAUGGGAGGGGAUGCAUGGCUGUGGUUGCAAAGGACAAGCUUAUUUAUGAGUCAAUAAAUCUGAAGCGACAGUGUGUCCAGCUGCGUGCUAAUCUUGUAAAAAAGAAAUGGCAUUUUCUUUGUAUAACUCAUAGCAUUGGAAGAGCCUUUUCGGGGGGUAGCUUAUUGAGGUGUUAUGUCGACGGUGAUCUCGUUUCAUUCGAAAGAUGCAGAUAUGCAAAAGUUAACGAAUCUUUAACAAGUUGCACAAUUGGUGCAAAAAUUAGCAUGCCUAUAUUUGAUGAAGAUCCCACCUUGCAAUCAAUCAAGGAUUCAGUUCCUUUUCUUGGCCAGAUUGGUCCUGUUUAUUUGUUUAAUGAUGCCAUUUCUUCUGAGCAAGUCCAUGGUAUAUACUCCCUUGGACCAAGCUAUAUGUAUUCUUUCCUUGAGAAUGAAGCAGCACCUUUUUAUGAUCACCCAUUGCCUAGUGGUAUUCUUGAUGCUAAAGACGGCCUUGCAUCCAAAAUUAUCUUUGGACUUAAUGCUCAGGCAAGUGAUGGCAGGACAUUGUUUAAUGUUUCUCCUUUGUUGGAUCAUGCAAUCGACAAGAACUCAUUUAAAUCAUCUGUGAUGAUUGGUACACAAUUAUGUUCUAGGCGUUUACUGCAGCAGAUAAUUUACUGUGUUGGGGGUGUAUCUGUUUUCUUUCCUCUAAUAACACAAUCUGUUAGAUAUGAGAAUGAAGAAAGUGUACAACUUGAAUAUACGGUCAUUACACCUGUCACAAGAGAGCGUCUAACCGCUGAAGUUAUUGAGCUAGUUGCUUCCGUACUGGAUGAGAAUUUGGCAAAUCAACAACAAAUGCAUCUUCUUUCCGGAUUUUCAAUACUUGGAUUUUUGUUGCAAUCAGUUCCUCCAGGGCAACUUAAUUUGGAAACUCUUUCAGCUUUGAAACAUCUGUUAAAUGUUGUUGCAAACAGUGGCUUGGCUGAGCUGCUCGUCAAAGAUGCCAUAUCUAGCAUAUUUCUUAAUCCUCUCAUCUGGCUCUACACAGCAUACAAGGUUCAGCGUGAAUUGUACAUGUUUCUCAUCCAACAAUUUGAUAAUGAUCCGAGGUUGCUUAAAAGUCUAUGUGGUCUCCCACGUGUUCUUGAUAUAAUAAGCCAAUUUUACUGGGAUAAUGCAUCUCGAUUUGCUAUUGGCAGUAAGCCUCUUCUGCAUCCCACCACCAAGCAAGUUAUUGGAGAGAGGCCUAGCCAAGAAGAAAUACGUAAAAUUCGCCUUCUCUUAUUAAGUCUUGGUGAAAUGAGCCUCAGGCAAAAUAUUGUGGCAGCAGAUAUAAAAGCUCUCAUAGCUUUUUUUGAGACAAGUCAAGAUAUGACAUGCAUUGAAGAUGUUUUACAUGUGGUUAUUCGUGCUGUUUCUCAGAAACCACUGCUUGCUUCUUUCCUUGAACAAGUCAACACAAUUGGUGGCUGUCACAUUUUUGUUAAUCUUCUUCAGAGGGAAUUUGAGCCUAUCAGAUUACUUAGUUUGCAGUUCCUAGGAAGACUUUUGGUUGGUCUUCCAUCUGAGAAAAAGGGAGCAAGGUUCUUCAAUCUAGCUGUGGGAAGAUCCAGAUUGCUCUCAGAAAACCAUAGGAAGAUCAGUUUAAGGAUGCAACCAAUUUUCUCUGCCAUAUCUGAUAGGUUGUUCAGGUUUCCACAGACAGAGAAUUUGUGUGCUACCUUGUUUGACGUUCUUCUUGGAGGUGCUAGUCCCAAACAGGUGUUACAGAAGCAAAACCAGAUUGACAGGCAGAGAAGCAAGGGACAUGACUCUCAUUUUUUCCUUCCUCAAAUGUUGGUGCUCAUCUUCAGAUUCCUGUCAUGCUGUGAUGAUGAAUCUGGAAGACUGAAAAUAAUCACAGAUCUUCUUGAUCUUCUUGAUUCAAAUCCUUCAAAUAUUGAAGCUUUUAUGGAAUAUGGGUGGAAUGCUUGGUUAAUGGCUUCUGUACAGCUUGAUGUGCUAAAAAACUACAAAGAUGAGGCACGAAAUGAGUAUUACAAUGAGAUAAAUGAGCAACAUCUAUUGAGGAACUUGUUUUGUGUUGUUCUUAGUUACUACAUGCAUUCUGUAAAAGGUGGCUGGCAACAGUUAGAAGAGACAGUGAUUUUCCUACUUGCACACUUUGAGCAGGGAGGUGUCUCUUAUAAAUACUUGCUUCGUGAUAUAUAUGGUGAUCUAAUACGGAGGCUGAUGGACUUAUCUUCUGUGGAGAAUGUCUUUGUUUCUCAACCAUGUAGAGAUAAUACAUUAUACCUACUAAGACUGGUUGACGAGAUGCUUAUAUCUGAAGUAGACCAUAAACUUCCGUUUCCAGCUAGUAGUGCUGAUUUUUCUCUCGACUCCUUUGAAUUAGACCAUCACCAAGAUUAUAGCGCUGCCUUACACAAGGUCUUGCAUGGAGAAUUUGAUGAUCAAAUUUCUAGAAAUCUGUGGGGUGACAAGCAGCCAAUUGCCAAUGAAGAUGUCACAGUUGAUGAGAAGUGGUGGAAUCUAUAUGAUGAUUUGUGGACUAUUAUUUGUGAGAUGAAUGGUAAGGGACCAAGCAAAGUUUUACCCAAAUCGUCUUCAGCUGUGGGUCCUUCUCUUGGGCAACGAGCACGUGGGUUAGUGGAAUCACUGAACAUUCCAGCUGCAGAAGUGGCUGCUGUUGUUGUAUCAGGAGGGAUAGGCAGUGCUUUGGGUGGAAAACCAAACAAAAGCAUUGAUAAGGCUAUGCUUUUACGAGGGGAGAGGUUCCCACGCAUUAUUCUUAGACUCGUAAUCCUAUAUCUUUACAAAUCUUCUUUAGAAAGAGCAUCACGAUGUGUCCAACAGGUCAUUUUACUUUUGCCGAGCUUUUUGGCUGCUGAUGAUGAGCAAAGCAAAAGCAGAUUGCAGCUUUUCAUCUGGGCUUUGCUUGCUGUUAGGUCGCAGUUUGGAAUGUUAAAUGAUGGUGCUCGUUUUCAUGUUAUAUCACACUUGAUUCGAGAAACUGUCAACUGUGGCAAAUCAUUGCUUGCUACAAGCAUUGUUGGAAGAGAUGACUCCUUGGAUUCAGGCAGCAAUUCAAAAGAAACGGGAUCAAUUCACAAUUUAAUCCAAAAGGAUCGAGUACUUGCAGCAGUUGCUGAUGAGGCAAGAUAUAUGAAUACAUUAAAAGCUGACCGCAGCAGGCAAUUGCAUGAACUCCGCACUAGGAUAGAUGAAACUUCUCUUGCAGAAUCUAAUAACAAGAAAGCUUUCGAAGAUGAGAUACAAAGUAGCUUGACUUCCAUUCUUGCUUCAGAUGACAGCAGAAGAGCUGCAUUCCAGCUUGUUUAUGAGGAGGAGCAGCAAAAUGUUGCUGAAAAAUGGAUACACAUGUUCCGUUCUUUGAUUGAUGAGAGAGGUCCAUGGUCUGCUAAUCCUUUUCCCAAUAAUUCCAUAACACAUUGGAAACUUGACAAGACGGAAGAUGCAUGGCGGCGCAGACCAAAGCUAAGACAGAAUUACCAUUUUGAUGAAAAGUUGUGUCAUCCUCCCUCCUCUGCCCCUAGCAAUGAGGCUAAUCUUCCUGUGAAUGAAAACAAAUCUGGUUUUGUGGGGUUAAUUCCUGAGCAAAUGAAGCAUUUUCUGCUAAAAGGAGUGAGAAGAAUAACUGAUGAAGGGUGUUCAGAAUCCAAUGAUAAUGAUACUGAAAUAAGUGGGCAUAAGGCCUCCAUCCCCAAGGAUCCUCCUGACACUCAAUGCACAGAACUAAAAGACAGUAUUGACAAGAAGGAUGUCCUGCAAGACAGAAAAGAGUCUUCUUCCUCCUCGCUGGAGACAGAAACUAGUGAGGUUCUUCUGUCAAUUCCAUGUGUACUUGUAACCCCCAAGAGAAAAUUAGCUGGGCGUUUGGCAGUCAUGAAAAGUUUCUUGCAUUUCUUUUGUGAAUUUUUGGUCGAAGGUACUGGUGGGUCGUCAGUGUUUAAGAACUUCCAUGCUUCAAGCAAUUCUGAUUUGACCAAGUCUAAUCAAAAGCAGAACUUCCAGCCUCAUUUUGAUUUGGGGAGGGGUAUCACAAGUGAUAUUGAUCCAAUAAAUGAAAUGCAUAAAAAACAAUUAAAAAAUGUGAAGCGCCACAGGAGGUGGAACUUAAGCAAGAUAAAAGCAGUCUAUUGGACUCGGUAUUUGCUUAGAUACAGCGCAAUCGAGAUUUUCUUCAGUGAUUCGGUCGCCCCCAUAUUUUUGAAUUUUGCGUCAUUGAAGGAUGCAAAAGAAGUUGGAACCUUGAUAGUUACUACCAGAAAUGAAUAUUUGUUUCCAAAAGGAAGUAGUAGGGAUAAGAGUGGAGCUAUUUCAUUUGUUGAUAGGCGUGUAGCCCUGGAAAUGGCAGAAACUGCAAGAGAAAGAUGGAGAAGAAGGGAUAUAACAAACUUUGAGUAUUUAAUGAUUCUCAAUACACUUGCAGGAAGAUCUUAUAAUGAUUUGACACAGUAUCCUGUCUUUCCUUGGGUCUUGGCAGAUUACUCCUCCGAGAUUCUUGACUUUAACAAGUCAUCAACCUUUAGGGAUCUCUCAAAACCCGUUGGAGCACUGGAUUUGAAAAGAUUUGAGGUGUUUGAAGAUAGAUAUCGGAACUUCAGCGAUCCUGAUAUACCCAGUUUCUACUAUGGGUCUCAUUACUCGAGCAUGGGGAUUGUACUCUAUUACCUUCUUCGAUUAGAACCAUUUACAUCUCUACACCGUAAUUUGCAGGGUGGCAAACUCGACCAUGCAGAUCGCCUCUUUCAAAGCAUUGAGGGCACAUAUCGGAAUUGCCUUUCUAAUACAAGUGAUGUGAAGGAGUUGAUUCCUGAGUUCUUUUACAUGCCAGAGUUUCUUAUCAAUUCAAACUCCUAUCAUCUAGGAGUGAAACAAGACGGUGAACCCAUAUGUGAUGUUUGUCUCCCUCCCUGGGCCAAGGGCUUGCCUGAAGAAUUUAUUAAUAGAAAUCGAGAGGCCCUUGAAAGUGAAUAUGUUAGUUCAAAUCUACACCACUGGAUAGAUUUGGUGUUUGGUUAUAAGCAGCGGGGAAAACCGGCAGUGGAGGCAGCAAAUAUCUUUUACUAUCUGACUUACGAAGGUGCUGUUGAUCUGGACAUCAUGGAAGAUGAUUUUCAAAGAGCAGCAAUUGAAGACCAAAUUGCAAAUUUUGGCCAGACUCCAAUCCAGAUUUUCCGUAAAAAGCAUCCUAGAAGAGGACCUCCAAUUCCAAUUGCUCAUCCUUUGUACUUUGCACCUGAUUCUAUCAGUUUGACUUCCGUUGUUUGUGGUACAAGUUAUCCACCAUCUUCUGUACUUCAUGUCAGGGUAUUGGACUCAAACAUUGUCCUUGUGAACCAGGGGCUUACCUUGUCAGUUAAGAUGUGGUUGACAACCCAACUGCAAACUGGGGGAAAUUUUACCUUUUCUGCAUCUCAGGACCCUUUCUUUGGAGUUGGUUCUGAUAUUCUUUAUCCUCGCAAAAUUGGGAGCCCUUUGGCUGAGAAUUUUGAACUUGGAGCGCAAUGCUUUGCAACAUUGCAGACUCCAUCAGAGAAUUUUUUGAUCUCAAGUGGUAAUUGGGAAAAUAGCUUUCAGGUUAUAUCCUUAAAUGACGGCAGAAUGGUGCAGAGCAUCCGUCAGCACAAGGAUGUGGUCAGCUGUGUUGCAGUGACAUCUGAUGGGAGCAUCCUUGCAACUGGAAGUUAUGACACUACAGUCAUGGUGUGGGAAGUUUUCCGUGGUAGAACCCCAGAAAAGAGAAUGCGUAACUCACAUACAGAGCUACCUCGUAAAGACUAUGUUAUUGUUGAAACUCCCUUCCAUAUUCUUUGUGGGCACGAUGAUAUAAUUACAUGCUUAUAUGUUAGUGUGGAGCUUGAUAUAGUUAUCAGUGGGUCAAAAGAUGGAACUUGUGUUUUCCAUACCCUUGGGGAGGGAAGAUAUGUAAGAUCCCUACGCCAUCCUUCUGGCAGUGCCUUGUCAAAGCUUGUUGCCUCUCAGCAUGGGCGAAUUGUGUUUUAUGCUGAUGAUGAUCUCAGUUUGCACCUUUAUUCUAUUAAUGGAAAACAUCUGGCCGCAUCUGAUUCCAAUGGACGCCUCAAUUGUGUAGAACUGAGUGGUUGCGGUGAGUUCUUGGUUUGUGCAGGUGACCAAGGGCAGAUAGUUGUACGCUCUAUGAACUCACUUGAGAUUAUCAAACGGUAUAAUGGAGUUGGAAAGAUAAUAACAUCUUUAACAGUUACCCCAGAAGAAUGCUUCUUAGCUGGGACAAAAGAUGGAAACCUUCUUGUGUAUUCUAUUGAAAACCCUCAACUUCGCAAGGCUAGCCAUCCUCGAAAUGUAAAAUCUAAAGCUUCUGUAAUGGGAUAGAUCAACAGCUGAAGACAGAGAAGUUGGGGAGUCUUAAUAGCUGGGGCUGAUCUGUGAUGCUAUUGCAGGGCAUCUGCUAAAUAUUGCAAAAUGUCAAGCCGUAUCCAUUAAAUGUUGAGAGUUCAGACCCUUAAAACUUUAUCCAAUUGGAAAGAUCUUUCUUAACUGUUGGGUGUGAAGACAGUGAAAGGAUGUACACAAUUCCAUCAACAUUGCUUGGAGCAGUUUGGAAGUUGACUUAUUUCUUUAAACUGUGACGUCUGCAGAACUUUCCGAUUUCUCAGAAGAACUGUUUCCAUGAUGCCAUGAAAUGUAGGAUCACAAACUCAUUCAUUGUUUCAUCUCCAUCUCCAAAACAGUCAGUCAGGGCAGUCAGGAAUUAGGUGUUAAACACAUUUUGUGAACAUUAAAUGUAUAGUUCAGAAUACAAAUAUUGUGUAUUAGGAAUAGCAGCAUUUCAGCUUUUUUUUCUUUUCAAAUAGCAAUUGUAACCCUCGAAAACAUUGUAUAGAUGCUUCCAAUGACUUGUCCAAAAGAAGAGAAAAAGAUAUACAAGUAGGGUUUGAUGCCUUCUUGAAAAGCAAA